CCAGCAGAUUUAUCCAUUAACCAGACCACAUACAGCCCACUGACUCUGCGGCCUAUUGGUGUAAGCGUCGAGACCAAGGCUUCUGCUGCGGGAGCCGAACAAGGCCGCAUUCAACUUACCUUAUGGACAAUCGCAUGGUACAAGAGAGUCCAAGCAUGGGUGGAUAGCUGCGCCGAUGAUAUCCGUCUUCCUGAUGCCAUGCCAGUUAUCUUGGUUACUGAGCAUGUAUGGCAUCUGGCUUUCGUCUGCAAUAGGGGUGGCGAGGCAUUUGAGCUGGUAUAUGAAAUCUCGAUCGGGAGCAUUUCGAAUCUGCGUGAUUUAUACAAGCUUCUGGCCGUAUUGCGCAUUUUGGGUCACUGGAUAGAUACUGAGCUCAGGCAAUGGUUUGAGCGGUUGUUCCAAGUAGUUAGGUAG